AUGAACGGUUCGGAUACUGAGAAGUCUUCAGAGAAGGGUAAUGAAGGUGGGGAAGAGGACGACACAGAGGAGAAGACGGAUGUCGAUGUCGGGGAUGACAUUGAACUGAGCACUGAACAAUGGAAGAAGCGUUACUUGGAAAAUGGCCGUUUGGAAUGGGACCUAGAAGAAGCAGUAGGAGAUGCCGAUAUGCUUAGAGAGGAGGUCGAAGAGGCAGAGGAGGUUGUUGAAUGUGAGGGCGGAGAAGGAACGUCUGGAGGAGCGGGCGGAUCGCGUGGAGAGCAAAUACGGAGGCACGGGCAAGCAAGAUUGAAGAGAACCUGGAUCAUCAGAUCGAAAAGUCAAAGAUACGGCUCGAGAAGGCGACAGAAGAGAAAAAGAGUGGCAGACGACGAUCUGGGGGAUAUGAUGAGUAUGGGUGGAGGGCAAGGUGAAUGGGAGGAUACCAUAGCGACGUUGAAUCGCGAGAGUGAUAGGUUGAUAGUCGAGGCAAGAACUGUAAAGAGGGAACGGGAUGUGCUUAAGGGUGACAACGCAGGUUUGGUGAAGACUACGAACGAGAUGAAGAGGAUGAUCAGGGAGUUGAUCUUGAGGUUAAAGACGUUGAGGAGAACCGAAACAUGCAUUCCCGGGGACCAAAACCGGAAAAGGGCAUUCGACAAGGGAUUCCCUGAACCUCAAAUUCGAUCAAAGAAGGUAUUUGCAUCACCGAACUCAAACCCGUCAGGAACAUCGAACACGAGUGCCGUGGAGGCGCUCGUUGAAGAUUUCGAUCGAUGCCGUUGCGAAGAAUAG